AUGGCCAAAAUGCUGAGACUAUAUUCCCUCCUCUUCCUCUUCACCAUUUUAUUCUCGGAGGCUAGAUUGACAUCAUCGCACCCUUUCUCGACGAAACUGUCGGCAAAAGCAAUGGCGCUGAAGAAUGAGAAGUUGACCCACCUCCAUUUCUACUACCACAACCUCCUUGCCGGCCCAAACGCUACGGCCCUGCCUCUCAACCCUAAAGGCCCAUUAGAUUACAGCCACCCGGCCGGUUUGUUUGGGCGGUUAACCAUGGCGGACAACCCUUUGACGUUGGAUCCAGAGCUCAACUCCACCGAGGUGGGACGCGUUCAGGGGCUAUACGGCGUCGCUUCCAGGACCGAUGCGGCUCUCGUGGAGCUAUUCAACUUUGUGUUUACGGCCGACGGUAAGUACCGAGGAAGCACCGUCACUGUGUUGGGACGCAACCCCAUACUUGCCACCGGGACAAGGGAGAUGCCGGUCGUCGGCGGCACCGGAGUGUUCUGCUUCGCUCGUGGAAAGGUUCAUCUCAAAACGCAGUUGUUUGAUAAAAAAACGGGAAAUGCGGUCGUGGAGUGUGACAUCUACGUAUUUCACUACUAA